GAGGCGCCGGCGCUCAAGACGCUGCACCUUGCCGACAACGGGAUUCGCGAUGCGGGCAUCGUGGCGCUAAUGGCUACGGCGGCCGAGGGCAAGCUGGCGAGUAUCGAGGAGUUGGUCCUCGAGAAGAACCGGUUUGGUGACGCGGGUGCCGACGCGCUUACGGCGUCAAUCUCGAAGGGCAGCUUGCCGAAGCUGAAGUACCUCAAACGCUGA